UAUAACUACAAGGCAGUGCGUUACUGAAUUUCUCAGUUGCUUUCGUUUGUGGGCUUCACUUACGUUUUUCAACUUUAUAUUGUUCGCAUUUCUUUACUAGAAUCACUGUUAAACUCCCAUUUGUUCAGCUCAAAUUGUUGCUUCGGGACGCCACGCCACUGUUCGAGCUUUCUGUUUCGCUUUUCAAUGGCUGCCGACACUGCCAUUAUUGCUUGGGGUUCAGGUGAAGAUGGGCAAUUGGGAUUGGGGAACAACGAGGACAGCGAAUGGGUUUGCGCCAUCAAAGCCCUUGAGUCUCAAAAAGCUUGUUCUGUCGUUGCUGGUAGCCGAAAUUCCCUCGCCAUCUGCGAAGAUGGCAAGCUGUUUACAUGGGGUUGGAAUCAGAGAGGAACUCUUGGGCAUCCAGCAGAAACCAAAGCUGAGAACAUUCCGAGCCAGGUGAAAGCUCUUGCAAAUGUUAAGAUUGUGCAGGCGGCUAUUGGUGGGUGGCACUGUCUGGCUGUGGAUGAUCAAGGCCGAGCUUAUGCGUGGGGUGGUAAUGAAUAUGGUCAGUGUGGUGAAGAACCUGAGAAGAAAGAUGAGACUGGUAGACUACCAAGAAGAGAUAUAGCAAUUCCUCAACGAUGUGCACCAAAGCUAAUAGUUCGUCAGGUUGCUGCAGGAGGUACACACUCUGUGGUACUUACACGCGAAGGACAUGUAUGGACAUGGGGCCAACCAUGGCCACCUGGAGAUAUAACGCAAAUAUCUGUUCCUGUGCGAGUUCAAGGUCUUGAUAUGGUGAGGCUUAUUGCGGUUGGGGCAUUCCAUAAUUUGGCUCUCCAAGAAGAUGGAACUCUGUGGGCAUGGGGUAAUAAUGAAUACGGACAGCUUGGAACUGGUGACACCCAACCAAGAUCACAGCCCAUUCCUGUCCAAGGCCUUACUGGUCUUACUUUGGUUGACAUUGCAGCUGGAGGAUGGCAUUCAACUGCAUUGACAGAUAGUGGAGAGGUUUAUGGAUGGGGACGAGGAGAACAUGGGAGGCUUGGAUUUGGAGACAAUGAUAAGAGCAGUAAAAUGGUUCCCCAGAAGGUUCAACUUCUGGCUGGCGAGGACAUUGUUCAGGUAUCGUGUGGAGGCACUCACUCAGUUGCACUAACCCGUGACGGCCGCAUGUUUUCGUUCGGGCGAGGCGACCAUGGCCGACUUGGAUAUGGGAGGAAGGUGACGACUGGGCAGCCAGAGGAAGUUCCCAUUGACAUUCCCCCUCCCCGUGGGGCUGGGGCUGGGGCUGAGGCUGAGGCUGAGGCUGAGGCUGAGGCUGAGGCUGAGGCUGAGCAGGGCCGCUGGAUUGCCAAACUUGUUGCCUGUGGUGGCCGCCAUACAUUAGCUUUGGUACAAUGGAAGUCCGAUUAGUAAGUGAUAAUUACUUCUUGUUUUUUAGAUGAUCAACAUUUUUCAUUUUUCUUUGAAUGAUUGAUGACGAGACAAGACGACAUCAAUUUUCAACAUGUUCAACAGGUUGAUUUUAGACUUUAGUCAAGUUUAGAAGAACGGAGUUGAUUGUGCAUUGUAAACUUUCGUCGAAAUUGGAGUUCUCUUGAAAUAUUAUUAGAUUUCUGAACUU